GAUUUCAUGGUGAGAGGACGUCGUCAUGCGCGUUCGUCGGCAAAAAUUCGACAAGAAAUUUAUGAUAAAACAACAGUUCGUUAUGUUGUAAAUAGUAAACAAUUAAUUAGGAUUUCAUAAAAUUCCAUUAGUUCUUCCGUUCGGCGGGCCGAAAAACUGAAAUAUUUAGCGGCGCGCUUAUUAAACAAACUUGUUUAAAGUAGACAACACAGACAAAAAAUAAAUAAAUAAAUAAAGCAACAAAAGUAAAAAAAUAAAACAAACAACAAAUAAAUUUAAUAGCAAAUGCGUCUGGCGCCGGGCCAGAAUACAAUAACAAUAAAUUUAUGGCGAUUGUGCAGUUAUUUUGUUGUUUUCUUUCUUGUGCACAGCAAAAGUGGGCGAAAAAACACAACUAUAACAACAAAUUCGCUAUAAUUGUGGAACCAGCCAACCUACAUUUGACAAUUAACAAUAUUCAGUCCGAUUAAAUACGGAGAAUAAACUGAUUUUUGUUGGGUUUUGUCGUCGUCCCCGUCGUCAUUUGCUUACCGCACAAAAUGUCAUGUCAUAAAUAAAAACCAAAGGAGUUAAGGUGAUAAAUACAAAUUGGUAGCGAAAAAGUUAACAAAACUUAGCGAAACCGAAUCGAAAUUAUCAAAUGAGAUUUGCAACAAUGAAUGAACGAAUAUGGAGCCAUUGCCUAAUCAUGGCCCUAAUAUUACUGGCUCUAGCCAAGGCUUCACCUGUUACUCCGACAAAGCGUCAACAUAGUUGCAUUAGCUUUAUGGAAAGGGAUGUUCAUGAUGAAGACAAUGAUCUGGAAAAUAACAGCGAGGGCGACAUGUACAGUAGUGGGGAGCAGCAACAACAAUAUCAAUCAAGCCCAUUGGCAAAUGAGUCACAUCAGAGAAUCUGCUCCGAUGGCUAUACAUUCUGUUUCACUCUAUGGAAUCAAACGUCCAAUGGAUCCGUAAUUAUUAAACAAGGCUGCUGGAAGGAUCGCAAUUCCAUAUGUAGUCAAACGGAAUGCACUAGUACGGCGCCCACAUCACGGGAUACUCCGCUAUACUAUUGUUGCUGUUCGGGGGAUCUGUGCAAUGCCAAAGUGGCUGUAGUUGAGCCAGCCCCACUCGAGUUGGCCAACAAUUUGCGGAUAGAGGCCACAAAGCGAGCGGCUGCCAAGCAACAUCAAUCGUUUUGGGCCAGCACACUGUUGGGUUGUCUGGUUGGUGUGACAGCUCUAACCAUUGGCAUACUUUUUGCUGUACAGUAUUGCCGUGUGGCCAAAGAGAAACCAGAACCGGAAGAGUCACCAUUGGCUCCAUCGGGUCCCGGAUACAGUUCAAAUCUACGCAACGUCGACAAUAUGAAUCUGAUUGGUAUGCUUGGCAGUGGUAAAUAUGGUACAGUGAUGAAGGGUCUACUCCAUGAUCAGGAAGUGGCUGUGAAAAUCUAUCCAGAGGCUCAUCAUCAGUAUUACAUCAAUGAGCGUAACAUUUAUGCUUUACCCCUAAUGGAUUGUCCGGCUCUGUUGAGUUAUUUUGGCUAUGAUGAACGCUGCACCAUGGAUGGGCGCAUGGAGUACCAGUUGGUCCUAUCCUUGGCUCCCUUGGGUUGCCUGCAGGAUUGGCUAAUAGCCAAUACCACGGACUUUACUCAAUGCUGUGGCAUGUUGAAGUCCAUAACCCGUGGCAUUUCUCAUUUACAUACGGAAUUGCGUCUGGGAGAUCAGCAUAAACCUUGUGUGGCCCAUCGUGACUUAAAUUCACGAAACAUUCUAGUCCAGGCAGAUCUCAGCUGUUGCAUAGCAGAUUUUGGUUUCGCUUUAAAAGUGUUUGGCUCGAAGUAUGAAUAUAAAGGCGAAGUGGCAAUGGCCGAAACGAAAAGCAUCAACGAGGUGGGCACAUUGCGUUACAUGGCUCCCGAGUUGCUGGAAGGAGCCGUAAAUCUCAGGGAUUGUGAGACGUCGCUCAAGCAAAUGGAUGUCUACGCUUUGGGCUUGGUUCUAUGGGAAGUAUCGAUGCGUUGUGCGGACUUCUAUGCCCCAGGACAAAUGAUACCGCCCUACAAGGCUCCAUAUGAACAGGAGGUUGGCUCACAUCCGUCAUUCGAUCACAUGCAGACUCUGGUUGUGCGGCACAAGGCUCGUCCGCUCUUCCCCGCUGGUUGGGGAGGCGGAGCUGCGGCUAAAUUGGUGCGGGAUACCUGCGAAGAUUGCUGGGAUCAUGAUGCAGAUGCCCGUCUGACAUCGCUGUGUGCCGAAGAGCGUAUGCAAGAGAUGUCCAGCUUGAGGCCACGUUUGCAGGCUCAACCCUCGAGCCCAUUACUAAAUACCAAUAAUCUGGCCACACUAUCGACCGAUGAUCAGAGCCAUAGUUCCAGCUUAAUCACAGCAGCUGCAGUGCAUCAUCAUCAGAAUCAGGCUCAGGCUCAAAUCAAUUCAGAUACAGCUGUGGGUCUGCUACAACCGCCUCCAAAUCAACAAUUGCCCACGGAGAAGAAUCUAAUGAGCCUCAGCUACACACAACAGCAAUUGCAGCCGUAUCAGGGUCGAAAUCCUUGCCAGGAGAGAAAUCUGGCUCCCCUACCAUUGCGUACGGCACCUGUUUUAGUUGAGCGCAGCAAGAAGCAUAGUUUCCAAAAUGCAAAUGAGGAGAAUAGCCUCUCCUGCCUAGAGCAUGAUGUCAGUGUGGAGGAACUCAUAGCCAACCAUCAGCAUCUGCAGCAGCGCCAUCACAACCAGCACAAUCACCAGCCGCACCAGUCACAAAAGAUCUAUAAUCCCAACUCCUCGAGUUUGGGUCAGGGCUUCCCCAAACAGCAGAACACUGAUCAUAAACUAAAGGGUUGGCAUGGGGUGCGAGCUCUAAUCCACAAAAAGCUGUUCCGCAAGGCGCAUGCCGAGGAAUUGUGCCGCCAACUGCAGUUGGGCGAAGAGAAAUCCAAUCUGAAGGCGAGACCCAAUAACCUGCAAUUGGACAGAUCAGAUCAGAUAGGUCCGCCGCCCAUACAGCUGCGCAGUGCCGAGCAAAGAAGCGGCACCCCAGCCCACAUAGUGCCCCGAUCUCUGUCAAGUAGCUUGAUCAAGCAUACAAAUAACAAUUCCAUACAAAGUCAUGGCCAUGGCAAUGAGCUGCAGACUCUAACCCGUUCGAAAGGACGUCGUCCUGGACACUUGCGCACAAAUUCCCUAAUGAUGGUAACCCCAUCGACGGCCAUAACAGAGCAGCAAAUGCGUCGCCAGCACAGUUUUGAGGUCUUCCGCGAAGUCUUCAGUGCACGGGGGAGUAGUGAACGUUUGCGUGAUCCCAGCGAGCGGGUUAAGACGCCAGGAGAUGUCCCACCGUCGGUGCGAAAGGCCAGAGCCUGUAAAACAUUGAGCCUCUACGAUGAUCGCAUGAUGGACUCAUCAUCUCUACUCAAUAUACUCUAGCAUGAAGAGGUUCUGCUGUUGGAGCUCUAAAUCAAUGACAGCAGCAGAACUUGAAACCUCAUUUAGCAUCAAGCUCCAUAGCUACUCAUCUCAUUUCAUUUAAUUUCAUCAUGAAACAUAUUCAACGAUAGCCAUACGAAUAGUUGGUAGGACCAGAAAGAUACCCAGACAUGCAACAUGAUUGCUUCCUACUUAAUUACAACAACAAAAAACAACAAAAACAACAAAAUAAUGAAAAACAAAAUGUAUAUUCAUAUGUAUUUUUUCACCAAUCAUUAUCCUAGCGUUUAGUGCGGCAAACAACCAAAGUCCUUAUAGGUUAAAAUCAGAUUAGAACGCAUAUAUGUAUAUCUAUACAAAAUAUAGGUACUGAUAUAUAGGCACAUAUACAUAUAUAUACAUACAUAUAUAUAUAUAUAUUUUUUUGACUGGACAAAACAGAAAAGCAUAACAGGUAGUAGAGUUUAUAGUCUUAUAUAUACUUAUGUAAUAAUUAGGAGAUGGUUUUCAAUCGAAAUGAGCUUACACUCAAAAUGGGAAGGCUUUUCGUAGGACCACAAAAUACCCACUCACACACACACACACUCACACACACACAACAUCCACACCAACAAGUGCAUAUACACAUAUACACUCAUAUAAUUCUCUAUAUUAUCAAAAAACAAAAAUAUAUAUCUAAAUAUAUAUUUAGUCAUCACAAAUUGCAUAUACAAUAUUAUAUAUUCACUGAAAAUAAAACUCGACUUUUCAAGUAUUAUAUCCGAACAAUCACACCAAUACACGCACACCCACACCCACAGCCACACCCACAAACAAUACAGGCUAAAGCAAUUUGAUAAAACUGAAAGAAUAAGAAGAAAAUAAAAAAUAAUAAAGAAUUUAUCAUUAAUUUCGGCUAUAUAUAUAUAUAUAUAUUUAUAUAUCGAUCGAUUUAACAACAAGUAGCCAGAAUAUAUAAUAUGAUUAAUUUAUUAUAUAUAAAAUUUUUUCCCCAUGCAUAUGCCUUUUUUUAAACUUGUAUUGAGCACUUUUUGUAGAAAGCGAAAAAGAGAUAGAUAGAGAUCCAGGAUUUCGUGUUUUUAUCCAUCUUAGUAAGUAGUAUGAAAAAUCAUACAUCACAAACUCACACAUUCUCACGCGCACACACACACACACACACAUACACAAUCAAGUCUAGUAAUAUAAUUUACACUGAAUUAUAAAUAAAUAUAUAUAUAUAGGUAUAUGUACUAUAUAGUAUGAGAAA